AUGCCAUCCUCAUCCGCUCUCAACCGUACCCCGAUGCUACCGUAUCGCAAAUUGCCAUCUCGUCUCCAACAUUUCGUCAAUGGUCAUCUCUCUUUUGAGACAAAAGCAUUGCUCCGUACCACUUCAAAGUUCGCCGUCGGUGCGGACUUGGUCUUCAGCGUCAACGAUCUGCCGGGUUCAAACGGGACUCGAUAUCAAGCCAUCCGGAUACUGAUUGCACAUUGGAAGAACCUCGACAGGCUGUAUGAUUUCCGCUUUGAAUUGGCGAAAAGCGAUCACGGCGAUGAGCCGGCGUAUGCCGUGUCCACUUUCCGGUCGACCAAGUCGCUCGAUAUGCAGCGCUGGCUUCGAAUACUCGACAACCUCACAUCGAUAAUACCCAGCCAGGCCGUCCUUCUUCAACAUAGAUACGCCGUAAUACCAUUUCGAAUUAAUCGACGUGCCACUUUUGCGAUUCAAUCAAGACUAUCGUACGACAGCAGGCUGUCUGAAAUCUUUGAAAAGGAUCGAACGGCUCAUCCAUUAUAUUGUCACGAAGCCUCCGUCAAAAGGCCAGAAGAGGAUCGUCGCUUUCCGGACUCAAACUCGCGGAUUCCGCCCGUCACCGGAGGAUCUUGCGGAAUAUCAACGCGAAAUGGAUGUGAUGUUGAAUCGGCUAAUCGAUACCUUCAAUAUCUCACCACCUACAUACCCUGUACAGGCAAGAAUAUCAUCCCG